AUGGAUCCGUCGCCGGCGCCACCGCUCCCGUCGUCGUCGCCGUGCCCGCCGCCGUCACGGAUGGGAGGCCGCAGCCGCUGCCGGUGCCGAGCCCGCCGCUCCAGCCCGCCACGCCGUGCAGCUCCCGUCGUCACGGUGGUGUCCCGGCACGUGGUCGCGGUGCCGUUCCCUGGCCGCGGCCACAUCAACCCGAUGCUCGCCGUGUGCCGCCACCUCGUAGCCGCGGACGCCGCGCUCUCCGUCACCGUCGUCGUCACGGAGGAGUGGCACGCGCUGCUGGAAUCCGCCGGAGUGCCCGCGGCGCUGCCGGACCGCAUCAGCUUCGCCACCAUCCCCAACGUCAUCCCAUCCGAGCAUGGCCGUGGCGCCGACCACAUCGGCUUCAUCGUGGCCGUGCACACCAGGAUGGCGGCGGCCGUCGAGUGGCUGCUUGACCGGCUGUUGCUGGAGCAGAAGUGGAGGCCGGACGCCAUUGUGGCCGACACCUACCUGGCGUGGGGCGUGGCGGUCGGCGCGCGCCGUGGGAUCCCGGUGUGUUCGCUGUGGACCAUGGCCGCCACGUUCUUCUGGGCGCUCUACCACUUCAACCUCUGGCCGCCGGUGGAUGGUAGCGAAAGCGAACAAGAGCUAAGCUGCAGGUCGUUGGAGCAAUACGUCCCAGGUCUCUCAUCAGUUAGAUUGUCCGAUAUCAAGACCUUCCGUGCAAGCUGGGAGCGGCCAAUGAAAAUAGCAGAAGAAGCGCUCGUCAACGUGCGUAAAGCACAGUGUAUCCUCUUCACCUCCUUCCACGAGCUCGAACCGGAAAUCAUCAACAGAAUAGCAGAAACGGUUCCAUGCCCCAUAUACCCGAUCGGCCCUUCGAUUCCGCACUUGCCACGGAACGGCGACGACCCAGGCAAGAUUGGCAACGAUGAUCACCAUAGCUGGCUGGAUGCACGGCAGGAGAACUCCGUGCUGUAUGUCUCGUUCGGGAGCUACGUCACGUCAGAAUCGAAUCACAAGAACUAA